CUGGCGGCGCUGUUGUGUUUCUGGGUUCCUCACCAACUAGAACAAAGAACGUCCCAAGAUUCCUUGACUAGAACACGGAAGUAGGAUUGGAAACGAGUUGUUAUUGUUCCUUGUCUGCAGUAAAGAAAGACAUACUUACUGAACAGGCUACCCAUCUCUAAUUUUAUUUAAAUUAAAAUGUCUAAACUACAGAUGUUGUGUGUGUUUUUAAAUGAGCGUUUAUCGGCGGCUGCUGUGGAUAUUUUUGGUGCAGUUGAGAAAACGGUAGUGGAGUACCAGGAGGAGAAGGAUCGGCUACGGAGACUGCUGCGGAGGACACCAGAGAUACAACUAUGUAGAAUAGAACCCGUGCAGCUCUCUGUUUCUGAAGAGGAGGUUCCCCCUGAGCAGCAGCACUGUGAGCAGGAGUUGAGCCCCAGUCUGGGGCAGAAGGACCCAGAGACCAAACAGAUUAAAGAGGAACAGGAGGAAGUCAGGACCAGUCAGGAGGAAGAACAGCUUCAAGGGGUGGAGCCUGAUAUCAUAGAGUUCAUAUUUACUCCUCCUUGUGUGAAAAGUGAAUGUGAUCAGGAGAACCCACGUCAAGAUCCCAUACUUGCUGAACACCCAACUCUCCUGAAAAUGUCUAAACUACAGUCGUUUCAAGAGUUUUUAAAUGAGCGUUUAACGGCGUUUGCUGCUGUGGAGAUUUCUGGGGCAUUUGCUAAAAUGAUAGUGGAGUACCAAGAGGAGAAUGAUCGGCUACGGAGACUGCUGCGGAUCACACCAGAGAUACCGCUAUGUAGAAUAGAAUCCCUGCAGCCCUCUGUCUCUGAACAGGAGGUUCCCCCUGAGCAGCAGCACUGUGAGCAGGAGUGGAGCCCCAGUCUGGGACAGAAGAACCCAGAGACCAAACAGAUUAAAGAGGAACAGGAGGAAGUCAGGACCAGUCAGGAGGAAGAGCAGCUUCAAAGGGUGGAGCCUGAUAUCAUAGGGUUCAUUUUCUCUCCUUCCUGUGUGAAAAGUGAAUGUGAUCAGGAGGACCAAACCCAGACAGUGGAGAACAGAGAGAGAGACUCUAAACUAGUGGAUCUCAAACCUUCUGGCACUGUGACCCACCUAAAGGGUCUCUACAUUCCCUGUGACCCUCCAGAUAAUCAAAACAAUGCCUCCAGCCACAGCUCAGCUGUAAGCAAUGACACAGUAGGACUUGACAACAGUCCACUAUUGGAUCCCAGCCCAACAUUGGGGGAACAUUGUUCCAAACCCAACACCAUGCCUAGAAAAACUCACAGCUGCCGUGACUGUGGUGAAACAUUUGCUCUGAAAGCUGAUCUGCAGAGACAUGUGACUCUCACCAAGAAGAGACCCAGUGAAUGUAGAUUCUGCAAGAAACGCUACAACUCCACCUGUAAACUGAAGGCCCAUAUCCGACUCUGUCACAGUGGUAAACCCUGUGUCUGCCCUGUUUGUGGAAAGAUCUUCAAACAAAAAGGACAUCUGUCCAGACACAUGAGGAUUCACACAGGAGAGAAACCAUUCAGUUGUGGUGACUGUGGGAAAAGCUUCCGUCUGAAGGGGCAUCUAACCAGGCACAAACUGAUUCACACAGGGGAAAAUCCAUUUAGCUGUGGUGAUUGCGGGAAAAGAUUCAGUCUCAAGCAGCAUCUAACCAGGCACAAACUGAUUCACACAGGAGAGAAACCUUUUAGCUGUGGCGACUGCGGGAAAAGCUUCAAUCUCAAGAAGACACUAACUGAACAUAUACGGACUCACACAGGAGAGAAACCUUUUAGCUGUGGUGACUGUGGGAAAAGCUUUAGUGUCAAGAAGACACUAAUUGAACAUAUACGGACUCACACAGGAGAGAAACCAUAUAGCUGUGGUGACUGUGGGAAAAGCUUCAGUGUCAAUAGGAACCUAACUAAGCACAAACUGACUCACACAGGAGAGAAACAACAUGGCUGCUCAGUCUGUGGUAAAAGAUUCAUUCAGAAGACUAAUCUGCUGAGGCAUGUCAAAAACAACCACAAAGAAUGAAAACAAGACAAAGGAACAAAGAAAGUAAAUGAGGACAUAGACACAGAGAGGGGACUAAGAGAGUAUUGAGAUACACCCAAGAUCCCCUGUGGACCAACUCUAACUGGUCCUCCUGAUCCUGCUCAGUCCAAUGUCACAGUAAUGAUACAAUGUGGCUGUUGUCUGAACCUAACAGGUAAUGUUGCUACUCUUUGUGUAUGAAAUGGACAAUCUGCAGUUCAGACAACCACCAGUUUUUAGGUGAACAACUGAGGGAUGGUGUUGGAGAGUUGUAAAACACUCAAAUUCAUAGACUGAUAUCAAAUUUGCCUGUUGCUACUUUUUUCCUUAAAAGAACCAUUAGAGGUGUCCACUACAAUGCAAGAUUUAGUUAGCUAGAGAUUUAGUAAGCUAGAGAUUUAGUUAGCUAGAGAUUUAGUCAGCUAGAGAUUUAGUCAGCUAGAGAUUUAGUUAGCUAGAGAUUUAGUCAGCUAGAGAUUUAGUUAGCUAGAGAUUUAGUCAACUAGAGAUUUAGUCAGCUAGAGAUUUAGUCAGCUAGAGAUUUAGUCAACUAGAGAUUUAGUCAGCUAGAGAUUUAGUUAGCUAGAGAUUUAGUCAGCUAGAGAUUUAGUCAGCUAGAGAUUUAGUCAGCUAGAGAUUUAGUUAGCUAGAGAUUUAGUUAGCUAGAGAUUUAGUCAGCUAGAGAUUUAGUCAACUAGAGAUUUAGUCAGCUAGAGAUUUAGUUAGCUAGAGAUUUAGUUAGCUAGAGAUUUAGUCAGCUAGAGAUUUAGUUAGCUAGAGAUUUAGUCAGCUAGAGAUUUAGUCAACUAGAGAUUUAGUUAGCUAGAGAUUUAGUUAGCUAGAGAUUUAGUCAGCUACAGAUUUAGUUAGCUAGAGAUUUAGUCAGCUAGAGAUUUAGUUAGCUAGAGAUUUAGUCAACUAGAGAUUUAGUCAGCUAGAGAUUUAGUUAGCUAGAGAUUUAGUCAGCUAGAGAUUUAGUCAGCUAGAGAUUUAGUCAACUAGAGAUUUAGUCAGCUAGAGAUUUAGUCAACUAGAGAUUUAGCUAGCUAGAGAUUUAGCUAUCUAGAGAUUUAGUUAUCUAGAGAUUUAGUAAGCUAGAGAUUUAGUUAUCUAGAGAUUUAGUUAUCUAGAGAUUUAGUUAUCUAGAGAUUUAGUUAUCUAGAGAUUUAGUAAUCUAGAGGUUUAGUAAUCUAGAGAUUUAGUCAUCUAGAGAUUUAGUUAUCUAGAGACAGUCAGCUAGAGAUUUAGUUAUCUAGAGAUUUAGUCAGCUAGAGAUUUAGUCAGCUAGAGAUUUAGUUCGCUCGAGAUUUAGUUAGCUAGAGAUUUAGUCAGCUAGAGAUUUAGUUAUCUAGAGAUUUAGUUAGCUAGAGAUUUAGUCAGCUAGUUAACUAAAUAAACUUUAUAUGGAGAGAGAUAAACACCAAAUGGGCGUGGUCUAAUUGACUCAACGACCAAACAACGUACGUAAGUGUAGAUUUCUUAAUGAACCAGAGGAUCUCUAGGUAUUUCUGGUUGAUUGUCAAAGUGAUCUGUUUCAUUGACCCCCCCCCCCAUCCCCCUCUGCAGUUCAAAUAAGAACAAAGUGGGAAACCUGACACUGUUUUGGUAAACAACUGAGGUAACGGGUUGGAGAAAUGUAAAUAUUCAGACACAUCUUUGGAUGCCAGGACUGAUCACCCAUGAGAUCAAAAUAAUAGUUUUAACCAUAUUAUGUGGCUAUGCAGUGUUUGGUUGACAUUUUAGGUUCAUGUGUUUCGUGUUCUGAUGGGGUUAUGACUGUCCAAAGUCCAAAAUUCGAUGUACCAAUCACAGAUUGCCCCUUAAAACCCCCUAGAGUUGAUUGACGCGCCCGUGCGUCACAGGGCGACGUCAUUUUGAAUACGGAAUAUCUCCCUGUGUAUUUAUUAUCGUGGCUGCUGCUCCUUCCCCUCUUUCUGCCUGCUCAAUAACAUGGGGGGAGAGAGGCCUUUUUCUACACGGGAGAAGAAGAAGCUCUGGACAAGAAAAUAUUCACAGAAUCAUGUGUUAAUCCCAAACCGUGAUGUCUGAGCCUAAGAUGCAAACUAAUGUCACCAAUGUCGAAAAGGAGAGACUUUGUUUGGCUCUAUGACAUCUACAAGUUGAAGUGCCCUCUGAACUCUUGUCACGGACUACGUCAUUUCCAAGAGGUGUCACAAAAAAAACGACUGUCCCGACCAAACCGUUGGUGCUACAAACAAGUGUCACCAAUAUUCAGUGGUGUAAAAUACUUAAAAGUAUUAAUUCAGUUGUGUUUUGGGGGCGUAUCUGUACUUAGAUAAAAGUACUUUAAAGUAUUAAUUCAGUUGUUUUUUGGGGGCGUAUCUGUACUUAGAUAAAAGUACUUUAAAGUAUUAAUUCUGUUGUUUUUUGGGGGGGGGUAUCUGUACUUAGAUAAAAGUACUUUAAAGUAUUAAUUCUGUUGUUUUUUGGGGGGGUAUCUGUACUUAGAUAAAAAGUACUUUAAAGUAUUAAUUCAGUUGUUUUUUGGGGGGGUAUCUGUACUUAACUUUACUAUUUAUAUUUUUUGACAACAUUUACUUCAUUACAUUCCUAAUGAAAAUAAUGUUCAAAUUCACGCACUUAUCAUCCCUACUGCCUCUGAUCUGGAGGACUCACUAAACAGAGAACAUCCCUGGUCAUCCCUACUGCCUCUGAUCUGGAGGACUCACUAAACAGAGAACAUCCCUGGUCAUCCCUACUGCCUCUGAUCUGGCAGACUCACUAAACAGAGAACAUCCCUGGUCAUCCCUACUGCCUCUGAUCUGGCAGACUCACUAAACAGAGAACAUCCCUGGUCAUCCCUACUGCCUCUGAUCUGGCGGACUCACUAAACAGAGAACAUCCCUGGUCAUCCCUACUGCCUCUGAUCUGGCAGACUCACUAAACAGAGAACAUCCCUGGUCAUCCCUACUGCCUCUGAUCUGGCGGACUCACUAAACAGAGAACAUCCCUGGUCAUCCCUACUGCCUCUGAUCUGGCAGACUCACUAAACAGAGAACAUCCCUGGUCAUCCCUACUGCCUCUGAUCUGGAGGACUCACUAAACAGAGAACAUCCCUGGUCAUCCCUACUGCCUCUGAUCUGGCAGAAUCACUAAACAGAGAACAUCCCUGGUCAUCCCGACUGCCUCUGAUCUGGAGGACUCACUAAACAGAGAACAUCCCUGGUCAUCUACUGCCUCUGAUCUGGAGGACUCACUAAACAGAGAACAUCCCUGGUCAUCCCUACAGCCUCUGAUCUGGAGGACUCACUAAACAGAGAACAUCCCUGGUCAUCCCUACUGCCUCUGAUCUGGAGGACUCACUAAACAGAGAACAUCCCUGGUCAUCCCUACUGCCUCUGAUCUGGAGGACUCACUAAACAGAGAACAUCCCUGGUCAUCCCUACUGCCUCUGAUCUGGAGGAAUCACUACAUUUAACAUUUACAUUUAAGUCAUUUAGCAGACGCUCUUAUCCAGAGCUACUAAACAGAGAACAUCCCUGGUCAUCCCUACUGCCUCUGAUCUGGAGGAAUCACUAAACAGAGAACAUCCCUGGUCAUCCCUACUGCCUCUGAUCUGGAGGAAUCACUAAACAGAGAACAUCCCUGGUCAUCCCUACUGCCUCUGAUCUGGAGGACUCACAAAACAGAGAACAUCCCUGGUCAUCCCUACUGCCUCUGAUCUGGAGGACUCACUAAACAGAGAACAUCCCUGGUCAUCCCUUCUGCCUCUGAUCUGGAGGACUCACUAAACAGAGAACAUCCCUGGUCAACCCUACUGCCUCUGAUCUGGAGGACUCACUAAACAGAGAACAUCCCUGGUCAUCCCUACUGCCUCUGAUCUGGAGGACUCACUAAACAGAGAACAUCCCUGGUCGUCCCUACUGCCUCUGAUCUGGAGGACUCACUAAACAGAGAACAUCCCUGGUCGUCCCUACUGCCUCUGAUCUGGAGGAAUCACUAAACAGAGAACAUCCCUGGUCAUCCCUACUGCCUCUGAUCUGGCGGACUCACUAAACAGAGAACAUCCCUGGUCAUCCCUACUGCCUCUGAUCUGGCAGACUCACUGAAUAUAAAUGUGUUGUUUGUAAAUAAUGUCAGAGUGUUGGAGUGUGACCCGUGACUAUCCGUACAUUUUAAAAACUAGGAAAUGGUGUCUGCUUUGCUUAGUAUAAGGAAUUUGAAAUGAUUUAUACUUUUACUUUUGAUACUUAGGUAUAUUUAAAACCAAAUACUUUUACUCAAGUAGUAUUUUACUGGGUGACUUUCACUUUUUACAUGAGUCAUUUUCUAUUAAGGUAUCUUUACUUUUACUCAAGUAUGACAACUGAGUCAUUUUCUAUUAAGGUAUCUUUACUUUUCCUCAAGUAUGACAACUGGGUCAUUUUUCCACCUCUGAUGAUAUUGAAAACUCAGGAAUGCGAAGGUGUCGGUUGUUGUGCUUUAGAACACACACAAGCUCCAGAGGAGUGAAGGUAACCCAGGUGACCCAGGUAACCCAGGUGACCCAGGUAACCCAGGUAACCCAGGUGACCCAGGUGACCCAGGUAACCCAGGUAACCCAGUUCCAGGCUGUAAAAAGUGCAUAGUGUAUAAUGUGUAAAAAUAAAGAAAAACCCAUGAAUGAUUA